AGUCAACAGUCAUACGUGAACCAAAAUUUAGUUUAGGAAGAAAUAUAUUAAAACAUUUUCAAAUGUUAUGUGAUAAUAAUUGAUAGAAUAAAUAUGAGAUUUAUUAUUAUCGUCUUUUUAGCAUAUGCUGCGAGUGCAGCAGCGUGGGACGAUGAUGAUUUUGAAGUAUUUGACGUGGUUGAAGAAGUCAACCAGAAUUUUUACGAAUUAUUAGGAGUAACACAGGAAGCUUCUCAGCAAGAGAUUAAAAGUGCAUUUAAAAAGCUUACUCUAAAGCUUCAUCCGGACAAGAAUAGUGCUCCGGACGCUGAUGUACAGUUCCGAAACUUAGUGUCAGUGCAUAAUGUACUUAAAGAUCCAGGAAAAAGGGAAAAGUAUAAUGAAGUGCUCAAGAAUGGUCUUCCCAAUUGGCGAUCUGCUGUAUAUUAUUAUCGACAUGUAAGGAAAAUGGGCUUAGCCGAAGGAUCUGUGAUUUUGUUUAUUAUUAUUACAUUUGGUCAGUAUGCUGUCGGUUGGGCAGCUUAUGCGGAGAAGAAAUUUACAGCUGAGCAAAUUUUAAAUAGCAGAGGAAAGAAACUAAAGAAAAGUGGUUUUGAUACGGGCUUGGCUGAAAUAUUAGACAAAUUACCUAAGCCGAGUAUAAAGGACACACUGCCGUUCCAAAUACCGAGGUUCCUCUGGUGGUUGGUAACAGCUGUGCCCAGAGGAAUUGUGGAGCUGAAGAGACAAAUGAAAGAACGAGAAGAGGAAGCGAGAAGACAGAAAAAGAAGGAGGAGGAGGAGGAGAGGGCGCGUGCGGCGCGAGCGGCGCGCGAGGCGGCGGGGGGCACGGCGGAGCGCUGGGAGCGCAUCGCGGAGGGCAUGGGGCGCGGCGUGGCGGAGGUGACGCACGUCGCCGCGCGCCUCAAGGACAACUGCUAUAAGAUACCCGGACACGAGCCCGCAGAGGAAGCCGUGCCCGAACAGCCCAAGAAGGUGAAAACGCGCAAGGCGGAGGAGGGCGGGGGCGGGGUGUGGUCGCAGAGCCAGCAGCGCGCGCUGGAGGCGGCGCUGGCCAAGCACCCCAAGGGCGGCGCCGGCGACCGCUGGCAGAAGAUCGCCGCCGCCGUGCCCGGCAAGACCAAAGAGGAAUGCAUGCAGAGGUGUAAAUAUCUAUCAGAGGUUGUGAGAAAACAGAAGCAGAAAGAGGAAGAAGAAAGAGAAGCUCAGAAGGAAGAAACCAGUGACGCACAAAAACAGGAAGAAAUUACUUCAUAAUCAAUUUUAAAUAUUUAUUUAAUUAAAAUUAUUAAAAACGUUAUCGAGACAUUGUUUAUUUAAUAAAUUUUAAUAUUUUCAAACUUAUCGGUUGUCGUAAAAUCAGUAUUCGAUCUUUUUUAUUUAUCGACAGUAAUAUUUAUUGUAAAUUUAAACCCAUUUCAGAAAGACCUAAAGCCCCUUUGGAUUACAACAAUAAAGCGUGGUCUAUAAUUUUAUGGACGAUCGAAUUAUUAUGGUUUUCCCUUUAAUAAAUGGUAAUAAUAAUAUAACCGUAUUAUUUUUCGGAUCGAUCCCACGGAUAGGCUCGUAAGUAAACUUUUAUGGAACUUUGAACGUUUUGUUUUGUUGAAAUAUUAUAUCGAAAUAACCUUUUUAUAUGUGCUAAUGCAGUUUGGUGAAAGUUGGUCAGAUUUUUUUACGUGAUCCCAGUUAUUAGAAAAAAAAGUUAUCGAAAAUAAAAUAGUUGUAUAAAAUA